AUGUUAAGAUAUUCUCUAGCAACGCUUAUCAGUACAGUACGACAUUAUAAACACAUAUUUGCUACAAAUGGGUAUUUAUCAAUAAUGCCAACAUUUCUACAUCUCUAUUCGAAUAUUCAAAGUAAUCCAAUUAAAAAAGCAAUUGAAUACUGUUGUAGACAAUUUUAUAUCUUACAUCGUGUGCCAUUCCUAUUACAAAUGUUGGGUAGUAUAUCGCAACUACUGGAUUUUGAUGAACAAGCUGAUAUAACCGAUACAAAUAAAAUACAACCAGUCGCAUUAUUUCGUUUAUUAAUUGCAUUGGAAUAUAAUCAUCAGGGGUGCAGAAUAUGCCCUUCUGCGCCAACGCGCAUUGGGGGAAAUUUUGAAAAAUUAUUGACUUUGGAAUUUUUUCUAAUGGGAAAUUAUUAUUUUAUACGUAAAUGA